GGGAUGGGAAUUCCAGGAUUUCAGAGCUUGGAUCUGUCCCCGGGGUGGGAAUUCCGAGAUUGUGGAUCUGGGAUGGGAAUUCCAGGAUUUCAGAGCCCGGAAUCUUCUCUGGGAUGGGAAUUCUGGGAUUGUUGGAUCUUGGAUGGGAAUUCCGGGAUUUUGGAGCCCAGAUCUGUCCCUGGGUUUGGAAAUUCCCGGAUUUUGGAUCUUGGGUGGGAAUUCGGGGAUUGAUGGAUCUGGGGUUGGAAUUCGGGGAUUUGGGAGCCCGGAUCUGUCCCUGGUUUUGAAAUUCCUGGAUUUUGGAUCUUGGAUGGGAAUUCUGGGAUUGUUGGAUCUUGGAUGGGAAUUCCAGGAUUUGAGAGCCUGGAUCUGUCCCUGGUUUGGAAAUUCCCGGAUUGUUGGAUCUUGGGAUGGGAAUUCCGGGAUUUCAGAGCCCAGAAUCUUCUCUGGGAUGGGAAUUCCGGGAUUUUGGAGCCCGGAUCUGUCCCUGGUUUGGAAAUUCCUGGAUUGAUGGAUCUGGGGUGGGAAUUCAGGGAUUUGGGAGCCCAGGAUGGGAAUUCCUGCGGGAAUUCCGGGAUUUCAGAGCCUGGAUUUGCCCCUGGGUUUGGAAAUUCCCGGAUUUUGGAUCUGGGGUGGGAAUUCAGGGAUUUGGGAGCCCAGGAUGGGAAUUCCUGCGGGAAUUCCGGGAUUUCAGAGCCUGGAUUUGCCCCUGGGUUUGGAAAUUCCCGGAUUUUGGAUCUGGGGUGGGAAUUCGGGGAUUUGGGAGCCCGGGCUGGGAGUUCCCGCGGGAAUCCCGGGGUUUGGGCUCCCGGAAUGUUCCGGAGCCGAGCGGGGCCUGUCCCCUCCCCCCGCAGGCAGCGAGAUCGACUGCGCCGACAGGUUCGGGAACACCCCCCUGCACGUGGCCGCCCGCUACGGGCACGAGCUGCUCAUCAGCACCCUGAUGACCAACGGGGCUGACACCGCCAGGCGUGGCAUCCACGACAUGUUCCCCCUGCACCUGGCCGUCCUCUUCGGCUUCUCCGACUGUUGUCGCAAGCUGCUUUCCUCAGGUCAGUUGUACAGCAUCGUGUCCUCGCUGAGCAACGAGCACGUGCUGAGCGCCGGCUUCGACAUCAACACCCCCGACAACCUGGGCAGGACCUGUCUGCACGCUGCUGCUUCCGGAGGGAACGUUGAAUGUCUGAACCUGCUGCUGAGCAGCGGCGCCGACCUGCGGAGGAGGGACAAGUUCGGGAGGACCCCCCUGCACUACGCGGCGGCCAACGGCAGCUACCAGUGCACGGUGACCCUGGUGACAGCCGGGGCCGCCGUCAACGAGGCCGACGGCAAAGGCUGCACAGCGCUGCACUACGCGGCCGCCUCCGACACCUACCGCAGAGCCGAGGCUCAUUCAGGACCCAGCGAGGAGGAGCCCCUGAAGGAGUCGAGGCUGAAGGAGGCGUUCUU